GAAAUUUUCUCCAAGUAGUUUCUCCAAAAUCUUAUUUUUAACUCAUGUAUAAACUAGUUUUAGCUGGUUGUAAGGCCUAUUCUGGAACAUUAGUGGUUGACUUAGUGGUCCGAGGUUUAAUUCCCGUUUGUGUUAAAAUAAUGUUUGACCAGCAGAAGUCACAUCCCAUCGGUGCAAAUUAGUCAUUAGUUGUCAGUUUUGAAAUAUUGUGUGAAUUAUAUCCAUGGACCAAACUAAAAACUAGUUUUAGCUUAUAGAGAAGGUUAUUUCAAUUUUCCUUCCUAUUUUUCUCUCCUAAAAUACUUCCGGAAAAGUUUGUUCAAACAUGUCCUAUGUCGAGUAUGUGGUUGUUGUAGAUUUGGGAGAAACAUGUUGGUAGAAUUAGUUCAUCACCAUGGUGCUCAAUUUGUUUCUGGGGCAACUAGUGGUAUUGGUGUUGAAACUGCACGUGUAAUUGCAUUACGCGGUGUCCAUGUAGUCAUGGGGAUCAGAAAUAUGGCAGCUGGUGGGGAGAUCAAGGACACAAUAUUAAGAGAUAACCCAACUGCAAAAAUUGACAUGAUGGAGCUGGACCUAAGCUCAAUGGAAUCAGUGAGGAAAUUUGCAUCACAAUUCAAUUCUCGUGGUCUUCCACUGAAUAUACUUGUUAAUAAUGCAGGAAUCAUGGCAACACCGUUCAAGCUUUCCAAAGAUAAUAUAGAAUUACAAUUUGCAACAAAUCACAUUGGCCAUUUCCUUUUGACAAACUUAUUGGUGGAAACAAUGAAGAGGACUGCUAUUGAACAGAAGAAGGAGGGAAGGGUCGUAAAUGUCUCAUCAAGACGUCAUAAAUUAUCAUAUCCUGAAGGGAUAAGAUUUGAUAAAAUCAAUGAUAAAUCAGGGUAUAACAGUUUGUCUGCUUAUGGGCAGUCAAAGCUUGCUAAUGUUUUGCAUGCCAAUGAGCUUGCAAGACGGCUAAAGCAGGAAGAGGGCACAAAGAUAACUGCAAACUCAGUUAGCCCAGGACCAAUUGCCACCAAUCUAUUUCGUUAUCACAGUUUAAUGGAUGGGUUUGUUGGUCUACUUGGUAAAUAUGUGAUGAAAAAUAUACAGCAGGGAGCAGCAACCACAUGUUAUGUUGCAUUGCAUCCACAAGUUGAAGGGUUGACUGGCUGCUACUUUGCGGACAGCAACUUGGCUGAAGCAAGUUCACAAGCAGCUGAUCCAGAGCUGGCUAGGAAACUGUGGGAGUAUAGCUCAAAUUUGGUCUCAAAUCAUAGGGACUAAUAUCUAGUCAUAGUUUUCAGACAUGAAUGAUCUAUUAAACAUUCACUAGACUUCUUGUACAGUUCCUCAUUCCAGACGAAUACAUGAUUAGUUAACUCCAUGUAACAAUCACAAUGUUUGUGAUACUUGUAAUCUCAUUUUCUGUCUCUAAAUAAACUGCACUUCUUGUAGAUGACCCUUUAUUUAUUUGAUUGUGAAUUUUGUAAGUUAUUUACUGUUA